AUGCAUUCCGUAGAGCAAGAUGCACCCCUCUGCGCCAGAUGUCGCACCAUCGACUUCGAUACAAUCCUCCAGCUCGGCAAGGAUGUCCGAGAUGCAAGACUAGAGGGUCUGCCAAUUGCAUCACUGGGCAGUAUAACUUCCGACCCAAACACGCCAUGUCCGAUGUGUGACCUCUUCGACAAGGUCAAAUUCGACCUCGACGUGACAGCCCGCCAAUCAACAUGGGAUACCAGCCAAUAUCAUUUACGUGCAUUCAGCAGCGUCAUAAAGGAAGUAGGUGUCACGGCAGAGAUGGCAACAGAACCUAAACGGCGAGAUAUUAUCAAGCAAAUUCGCAGAGGAAAUGAGUAUAUGAGUGAUGAGUCAAAUAGUGUGGUUCUCGCGGUCUUUCCGGGGAGCGCGGAUGAUGUCUUCAUUACAAGUGAACUCAGGGUCCCCGAUAUCUGCAGCCAUCUAGAACAAAGCGUCGUUAUGCCGGUGGAGGGGCCUGAUGUUGCCAAAUUACGGACACACGGGGUCCGAGUGUCACCAAAACAGAUCGAUUACACUCGUUUGAAGGAGUGGAUGAAGAACUGCGAGAGCCACCAUGGGCCUCGAUGUACUUGCUCCUCUAGUCCCCCGCCCUUUGUACUAAAGGUGAUCGACUGCCAGACCCGGAAGAUUCUUCCUCUGCAGCCAGGUUGGGAGUAUUUCGCGCUGAGCUACGUAUGGGGAACACCGUCAUCGGAGGACACAGCUAGCCAAAUACGAAACCCUAAAACCUCUCUUCCAGACCGUGUGCACGGUACUAUUGAAGAUGCUAUCACCGUCGUCCUCAACCUCGGAGGCAGGUAUAUCUGGGUCGACAAAUACUGCAUCGACCAGGACGACCUGCAGGGAAAGCACAUUCAAAUAUCUCACAUGGAUUUGAUAUAUUCCGGUGCAUAUGCUACUAUAAUCGCUGCUGGUUCUGAUAUCUCAACUUCUGGGUUACCUGGUGUUGGUGCAGUUCCGCGACAACGCCAACCACAAGCAACUUCACUGACAGCAUCUGGGACAAACCUGAGACUGGUAUCUACACUGCCUUCCAUCCGAAGUGCCUUAUCGACCAGUCCAUGGAUCUCCCGUGGCUGGACCUUCCAGGAAGUAAUUCUCUCGCGUCGAUGUCUGUUCUUCACCGACUUUCAGGUCUACUAUAUGUGCGGAGAGACUACACACUGCGAGUCGACCGUGCUCUUUCCUAUUCAUCAGUCACCUAUAACUACUGCCCAAAUAGCCGCAAAACCUGCCAGCAACGACUGUCUCGAUUCCGCUCGGUUUACCCAUCAAAUACCCCAAGAUCCAGCAUAUUAUUCCAUGACACCAUCCCGACCAUGGGCCUUCCGUACACAUCUAUCACACUACUCAAGUCGAAUCCUCUCCUACAAUACCGACGCUAUUAACGCCUUCCGAGGCGUUCUCGCUCGUUCCGACCAUCCAACAUACUACGGUAUUCCGUUCUUGUUUGGUGAAAUUUCAUCCUAUGCUCUAGCACACGAUCAUAAUUACCGCUUCGCCUGCGCACUAGCCUGGGAACCUAUCUAUCGGCCUCCUCGCAUAGGUACUGGCGAGGUCAAUAUUGACGGUGGGCAUUUGAUUCGAAGAAGGGAAUUCCCCAGCUGGUCCUGGGCCGGCUGGAUAGGCCAGGUCUCAUAUCACUACUUUCUCUGGGUCAGGAGAUUCCCUUGUGCAGAGGAGUAUCUUAUCCCACAGGAGCUGGAAGGCCAUCAGCCUGUUCGCAUAUGGGUUUGCUUCAACCUCCAUGGGCGUAAUGACCAUAUCUCAAUAGAGGAAUUCUUCAAAAAACAUAACAGCGCCCCUUGGAGGAACCUUAUCCCUGAACUCUCGCCCCUUCUGCAGAUUGAAUGUACUGUUCUCCAUUUUCUUAGGAUUAAGAUGCUGAGCCUUCGUUCCGGAACUACUCUUGUUCCUGCGUUCAGAAUCAUGAUACAGGAUGGAUUUUCCCGUGCUCCGGUGCUGUUCUGUGGGCCACCUCCUUGUUCAGACGAAGAUGGGGUGAUAGAGGACGAAUAUACAGGCCUGGUGCUCUUUGAGACCAAACAUAGCAUUGCCCUACUCACGCCCUGGGACCAUAUCGGAAUUUUUCUUCUCCUUGUAAAGGAAGUUGGGGGUGGAAGGAAGGGACAUUAUGAGCGAGUGGGUUCGGGAUGGUUGGAUCGGGCGGAGUUGGGGAAGUUGGGGAGUGAUGACAAGGUGGCGAUGAGGAGGGAGAGGGUCUUUUUAUCUUGA